AUGAUCGCCGCAAUUUCAUGGAUUCCUAAAGGAGUCUUCAAAGCGGAACCUGUUUUCGCCGAACCCCCUUCCAAAGAGGAAAUCGAUGAACUCAUCUCAAACACGCGUGAUGUGGAUGAAGAGAAGGAUAUGGAAGAAGACGAUGAAGUUGCACAUGCUUUAACAGUAGCUGAUGCAAUUGGUAAACCAUCCAAGGAAAAUACUGGCGAUAUUACCCUCGCCUUGCAAGAGCUCAACAUGGAAACCUAUGAUGAUGAAGAUGAUAAAGGUUUUGAGUUGUUCAGUUCAGGGACGGGUGAUCUUUAUUAUCAGAGUAAUGAAUUAGAUCCAUAUAUCAAAUAUAAGAAUGAAGAGUAUGAUUCUGAAGAUGUUGAAGACAUGAUUAUUAAUCCAACCGAUUCUGUUGUUGUUUGUGCGCGUACGGAAGACGAUGUCAAUUACCUUGAAGUUUGGAUACUUGAGGAUGCCAAUACCCGGAGGAGAAAAGGAAACUUCUUGGCCGUUGGUUCAAUGGGACCAUCGAUAGAAAUUUGGGAUCUUGAUGUUAUUGAUGAGGUAGAACCAUGUGUGGUGUUAGGUGGCAAAGGGCAAAGCAAAAAGGGGAAACAUGGGAAAAAGAAAUCAAUAAAAUACAGAGAGGACAGUCACACUGGCUCAGUACUUGGUCUUGCUUGGAAAAAGGAGUUCAGCAAUCUACUUGCAAAUGCUAUUGUUUUGAAGGUUAUAAGGAAUCCGUCACACUCAGGCUGUACGUGGUCAGUCGGUGCUGAUGUAGAGAGCUUGGCAUGGGAUCCACACGUUGAGAACCUUUUUGCGGUGAGUCUUGAAGAUGGUACCAUCAAGUGUUUUGAUGUCCGAAAUGCCAUGUCCAAUGCCACAUCUGAGCAGAGUGCUACUUUUACACUUCAUGCACAUGACAAAUCUGUUACCUCCCUAGCCUAUAAUAUGUCAGCUCCGAAUCUUCUUGCUACUGGAUCCACGGAUAAAACGGUAAAACUAUGGGAUUUUUCUAACAACCAACCAUCUUGUGUCGCAACGAAAGAACCAAAAGUUGGGUCUAUCUUUUCUAUCUCUUUCGCAGAGGACAACCCAUUCUUGUUGGCAAUAGGAGGCUCAAAGGUAAAAUUAGAAUUAUGGGACACCUUAGUUAACGAAGGUGUCUCUCGAAGAUAUGAGAAAUACAGCAGGAACCAACCUCAAUCCUGUUGGCUGAAGAUUUUGAUAAUAUUAUUAGAAGCCAAGUGA